ACAAAAUAAUGUAUUAACCGCCGAAAACUGUACAAAGACUGCGGACCUUGGCUCUCCUUGUAGGUCUCCUACUGACCUUUGACUGCUAGAAUUGGAAGGUCAGCUACCAAGGUUCUUAUGUCCAGAGAAGACCCCUGUGCGGCCAUCCCUUCUGUAGAUCUGGUCACAAAUUCCCUGAAUCCCCUGACACAGUUACGCCUGUUACAGGCACUUACUGAUGCCAGAUCGAGCGAUUCGCUGAAUGAAGUUACCGAGCGGUGGAAUGAAUUAACUUCGGAAGUGCAGCAGCACCUUUUACAUGGUGAAGAAGAAAUCUCUGGCCUACUAGACCGUCUAGUUGAGGUUAAGAGAAACAUAAAGGAUUUACACACAUCCAUUGCCCAACUAAAAACUCGCAGGGCCAGUCUUGAAGGGGAACUUGAUGAAAUAACGAAUGGUCAAGACGGGUCGAGCGAGGCAGCGUUUACCAACGAGCUUUUGUCGUCUAAUCUGACUCAGAUGACUGAAGCUGUACAACAGUUUGAGCGUUUGUUCCGCUUUCGCUUGCAGCGAACCAAAUCGGAUUCCUUGCAACUAUUUUUUCAUGGAUGUUCCCCAACGACUCCAAAUAUUGUUUGUUCUUGCAGGCUACGAUAUGGGAAAACGGGCCAAUUCGAACCAGUAGUCUGCAACCCACCUGUUCCGGAUUUUGAAAAGCUGAUUAAUCGGCUAAAUUUGACGAUGGACUUACGCAGCUUCGUCAUCUUGCUUCGGCGUCGCUUUUGCCGUUACUUCGAGUUAGCCGCAGCUAUUUCCGAACACGUCGAAUAAGGACCCUAGUACUCUGCUGUCAUCAUUUAGUUCAAGUGCAUUUGUGCAAAACGUCUGACUUCAACUACCAUUUACGCUUCAUUUUUAUCUAUGCUACAUCACCAACCUUCUAAUUUUCUUCGGAUUCAUACGCGGUGUAUAAUAUAGAACUGCAACAUACUGGCAAUACCAUAAUAACGUUGUGUUCACUUGAAUACACCAGUCGACACGGGAAUGCGGAUUUGUCUCCUUCGUGAUACUGUUGAUGACUUUGUAAGCCAACUGUGCGUUAGCCAAAACUAGGAGCAUCCUUACGCUGUGCUAACACGCGGAAGCAAAUCUGAAAUACCUCGUUUUCCCGUAUCUUCAAUUUGAUAUUGUUCCGUCUAUUCCAAGUAAUUUCAUU